UCCGAAUAACAAACAUUGACUCACAAAAAAAGAAAUUGGUAACUGAAUUAAUGAAUUCACGUCGUAUAAAAUUACAUCUCUAAUGUACAAAUAUGUCAGAAACGAUAUCGAAAUUGGACGAGGUUGUUCCUUUUCAAGCUCUUGUUACUCUUCACGACUCACUUCAAAAAAUAUCGCGGAAGCAUAAGUCCUCCUGUGGUACAUCUUUUUUAAAUCAAGAUAUUUGUGAAGAGCCCUCACCUGAAAAAAAGCAUUUUCACAUAGAUCCAAUAAAUUUGAAUAUUUUUACUGAGCAAACAGAAUCAAUUUCAUCUCAAGUGAGAAACCCGUUUUUUGAAAGUUGUUUAAGAAAUAAAAUAUUUGUAAAUUUGCAAAGUUGCUUGAAGCAAUCUGCAAGUCGUCGUUGGUGUUAUUAUGAAUGGUUUUACUCUAAUAUUGAUAGAGCAUUGCUUCUAGAUCAAAAUGACUUUGAAUCAUGUUUACAACAUUUGUUUAAAAAUUUAAAGACCAGAAUGUUAACUAAAAGACAAUGGUCAAUAAUAAGACGAAUGAUGGGCAAACCAAGACGCUGCUCGCCUGCUUUUUUCAAUGAAGAAGUUAAUUAUUUAAAUGAAAAACGUAAGAAAAUUCGUUAUCUUCAUCAGCUGAAAGGUUUUGAAGUUGCAGACAUGAUGCAAUUUAAAGACCUGCCAGAUGAAAUACCAAUGCCAAUGGUUGUUGGAACCAAGGUUACUGCAAAAGUUCAUCCAACAGGAGAUGGCUUGCGUUUGUUUACAGGGAUUGUAGAUGCUGUUGAUAAUUUAGACAAUACAUAUCGUGUUAAUUUUGAAAGUAAUGGCAUUGGUCCUCUCUCUGUAUUAGACAUCGAUGUUGCAAGUGAAAAGUAUGAGUCAAUGAAUUUGCAUAUGUUUAUUUUUAAAGAACGUCCAAAACUUGUAAAGUUGCAAAUAGAUUUACAAAAUACAAGGAGUCCGAUUGCAGAUGUAAAGACACCUUUGAAGCUAGCUGAAACUCUACUCAGUGAUAACAUAUCGGGAACAUAUGGUGGUUUUCCAAUUAAAUUUUUAUUGCACAUGCUGAAGCUCUCAAAACUCAUAAAGAAUAAAAAAGAUCAUGUGUAUAAGUUAAAAGAAAUGAACAGCAAAGCAGAGAUAAGUCAGCCAUUUAAGGAAAUAUUAAGCAAUGACUUUAAAAGCAGCUAUGCUUGUUUGAUAUUGGAACUCGAAAAAAUAAACAAUGAGUUAAAUAAUAUUUUUGAAAACAUGCAGAUGAUUAUGCAAAAGCUUGGUCCUCAUGGUUUUAGUGAUCCUUCAGACCUUUUAAAAAGAGAGGGAGAAAAAACAGCUGCUGGACUUAUUGAGAAAGCACAAAGAACUCUUAAAAAUAAUCAAAUCAAAAUUUUGAUAACAAAGUUGACAUCUUUGAUGCUUCAUAUCAAUCAGUUUUCUCAAAAAAACUGUGGAUCUUGCCAACUUCUUUCUCUUGAUUCUGCUGUAAAAGAUAUUAAAUCAAAUCUUAAAAAAGAGAAUGUUUCUUUUUUUGAGGACCAAAUUGAGACAAGUAUCGAAUACCUAAAAAAUAGCCUACAUGGAUGUGAAAGCUCACUUUCAGCAUUUGAUGGUGACAAAAAAACUUUAAAGGUUAAGGACUUUGAUCUUAAUUCUGCAUUUGAAGAAGACGAUUUUGAAGAUGAAGAAGAUGAAGAAAUUCUUAACAAUAUUUUGAUUUAGAUAUCUGAAUUAUAGAGGACAUUUUUUAAAUUAAAAUUGUGUUGAAUUUUUUUAACUUUAAUGUUCUGGAUAAACUUUUUUAUUCA